AUGGUCAAGCAAAUCGCCGGUUCCAAGGUUCUCCUGCUCGGUUCGGGCUUCGUCACCAAGCCCACCGUUGACGUUCUCAGCAAGGCUGGCGUCAAUGUCACCGUCGCUUGCAGAACCCUCGAGAGUGCCCAGAAGCUUUGUGAAGGCUUCGCCCACACCAAUGCCAUCGCCCUCGAUGUCAACGAUGCCACUGCCCUGGACAAGGCCCUCGAGCAGGUCGACCUUGUCAUCUCCCUGAUCCCUUACACCUUCCACGCCCUCGUCGUCAAGUCCGCCAUCCGCACAAAGAAGCAUGUCGUCACGACCUCCUACGUCUCCCCUGCCAUGAUGGAGUUGGACGAGGAGUGCAAGAAGGCUGGCAUCACGGUCAUGAACGAGAUUGGUCUGGACCCGGGUAUCGACCACCUGUACGCCGUCAAGACCAUCUCCGAGGUGCACGCCGCUGGUGGUAAGAUCACUUCUUUCCUCUCCUACUGCGGUGGUCUCCCCGCCCCCGAGUGCUCCGACAACCCGCUGGGCUACAAGUUCUCAUGGUCCAGCCGUGGUGUCCUCCUCGCCCUCAGAAAUGCCGCCAAGUUCUACAAGGACGGUAAGGAGUUCAGUGUCGCCGGCCCAGAACUCAUGGCCGUCGCCAAGCCCUACUUCAUCUACCCCGGCUACGCCUUCGUUGCCUACCCCAACCGCGACUCCUGCCCCUACCGCGAGCGCUACCAGAUCCCCGAGGCCGAGACCGUCAUCCGCGGCACCCUGCGCUACCAAGGCUUCCCUGAGAUGAUCAAGGUGCUGGUGGACACUGGAUUCCUCAGUGACGAGGCGCAGGACUACCUCAACUCCCCUAUCACCUGGAAGGAAGCCACCCAGAAGAUUCUGGGCGCCACCUCCUCGGACGAGAAGGACCUCGAGUGGGCCAUUACCUCCAAGACCAGCUUCGCCGACAAUGACGAGCGCAACCGCCUCAUCUCCGGCCUGCGCUGGAUCGGCCUCUUCUCCGAGGAGCAGAUCACCCCGCGCGGCAACCCGCUCGACACCCUCUGCGCCACCCUCGAGCGCAAGAUGCAGUACGGCCCCAACGAGCGCGACAUGGUCAUGCUCCAGCACAGGUUCGAGAUCGAGCACAAGGACGGCUCCAAGGAGACCCGCACCAGCACCCUGCUCGAGUACGGUGUCCCCGACGGAUACUCCGCCAUGGCCAAGACCGUCGGCGUUCCCUGUGGUGUUGCCGUCAAGCUGGUCCUCGAUGGCACUAUCAGCCAGAAGGGUGUUCUCGCCCCCAUGUCCUGGGAGAUCUGCGAGCCUCUGCUCAGGACCCUCAAGGAGGACUAUGACAUCGAGAUGAUCGAAAAGACCCUCUAA